GACCGGCAAAUGAACGGAGUAUUAUUAUUACGCUUCUUCGGCAACCCAUAAGCACCAUCUGGGAAGUUUCCGCAUUUAGGACUUCACCGGGCGAAAGACGAAGCUAAACUUGUGUAGCAAACCGGGUGAGCAACGAAGCACACUGCAUCAAUAUUCGGUGGAAAGACUCAUUCCAGCUCAGACAGAUCCCUUUCCAGCUAUACUGACCAGCUUUAAGUCUUUCAAUUCUCCAUUGCGUGACACACCAUGGCCCUUCACCCUGUUGCGUCGCUUUAUCGACGUUCCCUAAAGCUUGCUCUUGACUGGGCUGUGCACAGACAGAUAUGGCGCGGGCAAGCAGUGUAUAUACGGUCCCUUUUCGAUGCGAAUAAGAAUGUCCGCGAUCCGCGUCAACAGAAGGUGCUGCUGCGGGAGACUGAAAAACUAUUAGAAACUUGGAAACACCCCGACCCGUACCGAGCACCCACUGCCCCGGGAGGUAACAAAUAUGAAAGGAAUCUACCUGCUCGUCAAUUACCUUAUGCUUCGGGCAGCCACUAGAGAGAGGAUACAAGGUUGUUAUAGGUUUACUUUAUUUUCAGAUAGGAAAUGGAAAUCCUAUAACACCGCUACCAAUACAGCAAUCAGCGCACAAAUUCGAAAUCAUUGGGUCUGCAGAAAGCCGAGGUUCUACAUUGGAAGCAAUCCCUACUCGUGGGUACAUA